AUGGGGGUUUGGAGGAUGACGGGUUUUUACGGCUUUCCUGAGCGAAGCCGGAGAAAUGCGUCGUGGGAUCUAUUACAUACUCUUGCAUGUCAAUCCCCGCUCCCUUGGGUGGUCGUUGGCGAUUUCAACGAUCUUCUGUUCCAGCAUGAGAAACGUGGAGGUAACCCGCACCCUGAUAAUCUGCUUCGGGGAUUCGGGGAAGCUGUUGAGGAUUGCGGUUUGACCCAGUUGCCAUUGCAUGGCUAUCAGUUUACGUGGGAGAGGGGCAGAGGGACAUUAGAUUGGAUGGAGGAGAAGUUGGAUAAGGUUCUUGCUGGAGCAGAAUGGUGUCAUAUUCUCCCGGAGGCAGCCGUGUCUAAUAUUACUACUCGUAAUUCUGACCACUCGGCUAUCUUUUUGGGGGUUAGAGAACAUAUGCAGGCACAACGACACUCACGCAGGCAUUUUAAGUUUGAGAUGGCCUGGGUUUAUGGUGAAGGGUGCCGAAGGCAGGUGGAGGAGGCGUGGCGUGAAGGGAGAGAUGCUGGGCUCAUGAAUUGUUUACGACUCUAUGGUGAUAGGCUUCUCCGCUAUGGUGGUGAUCAUUUUCACAAGUUUGGUGAAAAGAUUAAUACUCUAAGGAAGCGGCAGUUACUGUUUAAGGGUCAGUUGGACCCCUAUUCUCUUGGUGAGUACCAGCGGGUUGAGACUGAGCUGUGCCGGUUGGAGGCCCAAGAAGAUGCUUUUUGGAGGCAGAGAGCGAAACAACAUUGGCUACGAGGGGCGGAUGCUAAUACUAAAUUUUUCCACAGUCAAGAAGAGGUGCAUGUUGCUCUGUCAUCCAUGUUCCCAGACAAAGCACCUGGCCCAAAUGGCAUGAACCUUGGGUUCUAUCAACAUUAUUGGGAGGUGGUAGGUACUGAUGUGACCGCGUUUGUGUUGCAAUGUUUGAAUGAGUGUUCUUUUCCAGCCGGCCUGAAUGAUACUAAUGUUGUUCUCAUCCCCAAGAAGAAUAGUCCUGAGAAGGUGUCUAACCUUCGGCCCAUUGCUCUCUGCAAUGUGGUUUACAAGAUAAUGGCCAAGAUGAUUGCUAACAGAAUGAAGCCCCUGUUGGGAGAUGUGAUCUCUGACUCUCAGAGUGCUUUUAUUCCUAAUAGGCUCAUCACAGAUAAUAUUCUCAUUGCUGCAGAGGUGGGUCAUUAUUUGAACAGAAAACAGUGUGGUGCGGUUGGAUGGGGUGCCCUCAAGUUGGACAUGGCAAAAGCAUAUGAUCGUGUGGAGUGGUCCUUCCUGCGUAAAAUGUUGUUGGCUAUUGGAUUUUCUGUGGAAUGGGUAGAUUUGGUGAUGUUGUGUGUCACCACAGUCUCCUAUAACUUUCUGGUAAAUGGCACAAAUGCUGGUCAGGUUACUCCCACGCGAGGCAUUCGUCAAGGUGAUCCCCUUUCACCUUAUUUAUUCAUUAUCUGUGCUGAGGGACUUUCCUUACUUCUCCAGCAGGCUGAAGCUAGGGGUGACUUUCAUGGAUGUAGGGUAGCAAGAGGAGCUCCUCCGGUGUCUCAUUUGUUUUUUGCAGAUGAUAGUCUCUUGUUUUUCAAUGCAAAUGCUUAG